GACCGUAGCGCCUUCCUCAGCCGGCUAGCCUUAACUGCGUCCUCCGCCUCUGCGGCGAACGACGCGGCGGCCCAGUGGAAGGCCUACCGCGACCUAUUAAGGUACGGCGGGAGGAAGGCGCGGUUUCCAACAGGAAAGCCGAUGAGGCUCGACAAGGAUGGGGAGGUGGUCCACAACUCCCAGGACAUGGCGGACCAGGAGCUCAACCAUUUCGCCAAGAUACAGGCAGGCAAGAUCGUGUCAGCGGACGACCUUGCCCAUAAGUACAACCAGGACAGCAAGACCAGGCCCUUCGACGGAACGCUGGAUCUCUCCAUGGUGAUGCCCCUGUACGUCUGCCAGGCCCAGUUCGCCGCGGCCAAGGCUGGGACGCAAGAAGGCCCUGACGGGCUCACGAACGCCGCUCUCAGGGCGGCUCCUGCAGAGGCAGCCACGCUACUGCACCCCCUCUUCACCAAGGUGGCGACCACGAUCCUCUUAAACAACGUCCUGGGCAAGCACCACCAUAAAUACCUGAGGGCCAUGCUCAACACCACCCUCGCCAUAGCGCUGGAGGACAUCCAGGUUGGCGGCCAGCCAAAGCGAGGGGCUGACAUGGCAGUACUAGCAGCGCGCCUCUUCACCGAGAGAAGCCAGGCCCAAGGGAAGUGUUCCAUGAUCAGCUGCUAUGACUUAAAGCAGGCUUUCUACUCGGUUGUCGCCCAGCUGGCACACGGCAUCCCAGGCGAAGAGGACGAAGUCAGGGAGGUGCUAGACAACCUAGAAGUUCCCCUAUGGGCCCAGCCGCAGCUGGAGCACCUCAUGGCCAACCCAGGGAUUCUCGACACAGUGCUGGACGGCCCCCACCUGGCUGCCCUCAUCGCCGAAGGGUAUCGCAACAGGUGGACAUCGCACAGGUUCUCACAGAGCUUCAUGGCGCCUCACAAGGGAACGAGGCCUGGCGUGCCCCUCGCCGACGCGGACUUCAAUCUGCUCUUCGGCCGAGUCCACCGCAUGAUCGACAGCUACCUGGCACAGCGAGGGCUCAGGGCCCAGGGCAUACCUCUG